AUGUAUAAAAUUGUCCCAUGGGUGCUUUUUGCGGCUCUCGCAAAAGGAUAUGCAAAUCCUGGAACUUGCUCGGGGGCCUGCAAUGUACAUGAUCCGGCAGUCGUUCAAAGAGCCUCCGACAAGCGCUAUUUCCGGUUUUCCACCGGCAACAAGAUUUCGUAUGCCAGUGCUUCUUCCAUCAACGGCCCUUGGACUACCAUUGGAUCUAUGUUGCCCGAUGGAUCCUCAAUUGACCUUGUCGGAAACACUGAUCUCUGGGCCCCCGAUGCUCAACUAGUGAAUGGUCUUUAUCAUGUCUACUACAGCGUCUCUUCGUUUGGCUCGCAGAACUCGGCCAUCGGGCUGGCCACAUCCGUCACAAUGGAGUCCGGGUCUUGGACAGACCGCGGAAGCACGGGUAUCUCUUCUUCGUCCUCCAAGAGCUACAAUGCUAUUGAUGGCAAUCUUCUCAACGAUGACGGUACUUAUUACAUGAAUUUCGGCUCUUUUUGGCACGAUAUCUACCAAGCUCCCAUGAACUCGGCCGCUACAAAGGUGGCGUCUUCCUCCUACAAUAUCGCCUAUGAUCCCUCUGGUACACAUGCCGUGGAGGGAGCAUACAUGUACAAGUAUGGAAGCUACUACUAUCUCUUUUACUCUGCUGGCACCUGCUGUGGCUAUGAUACAUCUCGUCCAGCCAGUGGGCAGGAGUACAAAAUUAAAGUCUGCCGUUCAUCGUCGGCGACCAGCGGAUUUGUCGACAAGGCUGGUACGGCUUGCACCAAUGGAGGUGGCACUGUCGUUCUAGAAAGCCAUGGUAACGUUUAUGGACCUGGCGGGCAGGGUGUCUUCACUGAUUCUAGCCUCGGCCCAGUUCUUUACUACCACUACGUCGAUACUACCAUUGGCUACGCGGAUGGCCAAAAGUUGUUUGGGUGGAACCAGAUCGAUUUCUCCAGCGGGUGGCCCGUUGUGUAA